AUGUCUAUUCCUCUCUAUUCACCUCUUCAGAUUACCUGCUUCAGUAGCACCCCACCCAGAGCCCUCGAUGCUCCAUUAAAUUUCUAUAUUCUCUUCCUAUCUUCGUUUUUAUUUCUCUUUUAUUACUUUGAUUACACCAAUGUGGUUGCUGCUGCUGCCGCCGCUGCAAACGCCGCCGCCACCGCCGUCGCCGCUGGAGCUGACGCCGCCGCCAUCGCUGAAGCCGCCGCUGCUGCCGCCGUUGCAGCAGCCGCCGAAGCCGAUAUUGAAGCCGUGACCAACGCCACCGCCGCCGCCGUGAUCGCCGCCGAGGCCGUCGGCGCCGACGCCGACGUCGUUGCCCAAGUAGUUGCCGCCGCUGCCGCCGCCGCUGUUGAGGCCUCUGCAGCCGGUGCCGACGACGUCGCCAUCGCUGAAGCCGCCGCCGUCGCUGCCACCGCCGCCAUCGACGCUGCCAUCGCCACUGCCAACGCUACCGCCGCCGCCGCCCUUAUCAAUGCCGAAGCCGCCGAGACAUUGGCCAACGCUGACCUUAUCAUUGCUCAGACUGGACUUAUUUUUGUUGAGACAACCAGGCUAAUCCAAGACAUGUUGGAUCAAGGACUUAUCGAUGCUGAGAAUCUAGUGACCGCUGUUCAACCUCCUCUGGAUUUGGUGGCUGCGUGUCCAUUCGCUGCUGCCCUUGCAUGUGAUGCUGCUUCACCCUACCGAACAGCUGAUGGAUCUUGCAACAAUCUUCAGUUCCCUUAUUUUGGUCGAUCCAACACACCUUUUGAAAGGUAUCUACCCGCUGUCUAUGCUGAUGGUAUCGAUCUGCCCAGGACGAGUGGUGUUCUUGGCGGUGACCUUUCCAGUGCUCGAGUGAUCAGUACCACUUUCCAUGGUCUCAGUACCCCCGAACACCGUCACAAUGAACUCACUCACUUGACCACACUCUUUGGUGUCUUUUUCAACCAUGAUCUUCAAGAUUAUACAUCUAUGCCUACAUCUGGAGGUGAUUUGGUAGAACCUAUUGAUUGCUGUAACUCAGACAACACCGCCGUCUGUUACCCAAUUGCUAUUCCAGCCGAUGACCCAUACUUUGGCCAAUACGGAAGAACGUGUAUGUCAUUUGUCCGAAGCCUUUCGUCUCCGGCCCUUACAUGCACUUUAGGACCCCGUGAGCAACUGAACACAGCUACUGGCUACGUCGAUGCCUCUCAAGUGUAUGGUUCUGACAUUGAUAGACAACUUCUUUUGAGAGCAAUGACAGGAGGUGACGGCCGAGUGAAUGUCCAGCCAAUGAUGAUGUCCUUACAUCAUUUAUUUGUCCGUGAACACAACCGUCUUGCCGAUAUUCUUAGCGCUGCCCAUCCAGACUGGACCGACGAAGUGGUUUUCCAAGAAGCACGAAGAUUGGUUAUUGCUGAGAUGCAACAUGUCACCUAUAAUGAAUACAUGCCUGUGGUUCUUGGUCCCACCUUGAUGGAAACCUACAACCUGAAUGUCCUCACCCAAGGCUAUACCACAUACAUCGAUAACAUUAACCCGGCUAUUCGUAAUGGUUUUGCCUCAGCUGGAAUUAUCUACAGCCAUUCGGGCCUUCGAAGUGUGGCCACCAUUGGAGACUCACAGAAUCCACUCAGCUCCCUUUUCUACAACUCUGAUGUUUUUUACAAUGGCGUUGAUGCACCAACUCUUGUGUUCCAAGGGCUUACUAGUGAUAUGGCUCAGUCAGUUGACAGGUUGAUGACUGACGAACUGACCAAUAAACUUGUGGAAACCGUUCCAGGAAAUGGUUGGGAUUUGGCCGCUCUGGACGUACAAGCUGGACGUGACAAUGGACUACCAACAUACAACACUUGGCGCCAAUGGUGUGGUUUGAGUGUAGCCGAAAAUUUCACAGCACUUCCUGAUCAUGCUGAAGCUGAAAUCGACAUUUUGCAGACUCUCUACGCUUCUAUCUAUCUAUCUAUCUAUCUAUCUAUCUAUCUAUCUAUCUAUCACAUUCUCUUCAUUAUCCAUUAUAACUAUUUAUUUCGAGGGCAAAACCAUUUCUUUCACUUUCCUUUCCACACGUUUCUUGCUUUCCUUCGUUCUUCUACUUUCACUGGGCUUUGUUUGUCCGCCCGUCCAUCUAUCUAUCUAUCUAUCUAUCUAUCUAUCUAUCUAUCUAUCUAUCUAUCUGAGCCAGUUCAUAUCUCUCUCAUUCUAUAUUUUCUUUUCUUGGGGUUCACUUCCAAAAUUUCCUUUGAAUUUCUUUUACUUUUACUAACACAGUGUUUUCGUGUAUUUAUAAUUGGGGCUGGCAAGUCAAAAGCAUCGUACAGCAUUUCAAUAGGAAAAUCUCUUUAUUUCCUUGACAUAUGUUGGUUUUUAUACUUUCUAUGGCGCCAAUUUCGACCUUGUACCGUAUUCAUCACCGUGCUAAAACGAUUUACUUAUUUCACCAUCUACCGAACUUUUCUUCCCCGCCUUUUAUAUCCUUAA